AUCACCCACCAAGACAACGAGCAUAUAUCCAUAGAUAUACACAACACACGAUCCGAUACAUAUACCUAUCUCAGAUAUAACUUGCACCCGCACACUCCGAUCUCGCGCGAGACGCAAAGUGCAAGCUCUCUUCGGAGCUCUAGCGCACGCGGGGGGCAGCUACAUACAAUAUAUAUAAUACGGCUACAACAAAACACGAGCUUCUGGUCCGUCGCUUUUCUCGAGGAGUACAGUUGGACCUUGCAUUGAGCAUCAGUGCAGAAGAGUGAAAGAAGAGUGAAAGCGCGAAGAUGCGGGCGCGCGGCUGCGUAGCCAGCUAUGCGCUGUGCUUCCUGGUGAUCCAGGUGAAGUUGUCGAACUCGCGAACCUCCUGGCGACUCAACGCUGACAAGGUCGUUAAGACGAGUCCUCCACCAGCGGGGACAGCAGCUCUCGAGGACGAUCUCAUCCUCGACAUACUCACUGGCAGCACAAGUCUGGGUAAUGGCCAGGGCUGGAGCAGAUCAGCUGCGCCGCCGUCGUCCACCUCGACUGCUGACAAACUCCAGGUCUACUGCAACGAGUGCAAAAGCUACGUUGCUGCUGCUGCUGGAGGAACACAAGAGCGACGCUUCUCGGCGUACGCCCUGAACAAGGACUCGAGUCCGGGUUCCUCGAGCAACUCGACGAACGAAGCUGGUUUCGGUCUGGGCACAGCUGCCGCUGCUACCAGUGAUCAGCAGCAGAGUCAACAGCAGCAGCAGCAGCAGCAACAGCAACAGAAUCAACAGCUUAGUUGUGGCUCGCCGGGUCAAUCGUGCGACGACAUCGUCCUCGACUGUGGCAAACCGGUGAACUUUACGUACUAUGAUAAUCUUCUGGGGGUAGCCAACAGAAACAAACAUCCCCUGGUACCGGAGCCCGGGGUCGUACUGAUGUUCAAGAAGAACGAGGAGAAGCUGACAGAUUUCGACAUUGACUUGCUUGAGCGACGACUAAAGAGGGCUAAACGCGAGAAACCAAAGUCGGUGCAGCUUUACAACCAGAUCGGCAACUUCUGGCGCAUCAAGGGCAACGCGCAGCGCUCCAUCGAGUGUUUCCGUCGAGCGCUUGCCGUCUCGCCGCACAACGCCGAAGUUCUGCUAAAUCUCGCACGGGUCCUUCUCGUCCUCGAGUACCUCGACGAUGCCUCCUACUUAGCGCGACGUUCACUCGAGCUUCAGCCGCCCGAUCGUAAUGCCUGGGAGCAGUACCUCACACUUGGUCAAAUAUUCAAGGCAUACGGACACUUUCAAGAGGCCGCCGUUCACCUGCGACAUGCGCUCGAGUUGAAGCCAGAUCUAGUCGACGCUGCAAAAGCUCUCAAAGAGGUGGAGUCCUUGCCGAUAGCCAGCAUACACGUCUAUACGCUUCUCAUCAUAGUGUGCUUGGUGCUGGGUGUUCUCUUGGUGGUGUUAAGCAGCGUCGAGUGUGAGGAGGACUCGAGUUUGAGCUCGGAACAGCCCCAGCGACCGGCCCAGCGACACUUCAACCGCGCCAUGGCAAUGCGAAGUUUACGACUCAACGUUUCGCGCGGUAAGCGCUGUUGAUCGCCGCAGCUGCUGCUUCGCACUACAUAUUGUCCUUUGUGAUAUAUAGAGCCUCGCUAUUCGAGACUCGAGCGAAUCUCGAUGACGAGCUACCUAUUUGUAUAUGGUUUCGUUCUUUCUUAAAAAAAAAGCGAUGCAACACGACCGUUACCGACGCUCGCGCGAUCAGUUAUGCGACACGCGGAAUAGGUAUUAUAAGGAGCUCGAUAAAGGAGGCGUGAUUGAUAUCUUAAAGAAUGUAGCGCGCGUGCGCCUCUUUCCUUAUUGUACUUUCUUUUUUUGUACUUACGGAUAUUAUAUAUA